AUGGACCGCUACGUAUACGAAACUCUCUCGGGAUUGGCGUUUAUAUUGGCCGUUUGGUUGCUUAUAUGGGCUCACAGGGGCUCUCGGCAUGCGCUACCGUUCCCUCCUGGGCCACCGUCUGAAUUUCUUCUGGGUCACGCUCGUGUGAUUCCCAAGGAGAAUGCUUCUGCGGUGUAUUUAAAGUGGUCCAGAGAAUACAACUCGGAUAUCAUCCAUGUCAGGUCCCUGGGCCGCUCUACAGUCGUUCUUAAUAGUGCAGAGGCGGCUAGAGAGAUCUUGGACAAGAAAGGCGCCAACUUUAGCGACAGGCCUAGAUUCACACUACUGGAGAUUAUGGGCUGGGGAAAGACUGUGACAUUUCUUCCUUUUGGAAAACGCUGGCAAAUGCACAGAAAGCGGCUCCAGACCUCAUUUAGCAACACCAAUGUUCGCCAAUGGCAUGGUUUGCAGACAGCUGAAGCCCGAAAAACAGUUCGAAAUAUGAUAAAGAAGCCUGACACCUGGGAAACAUCUUUACGUCGGUUUGCAGUGGCGGUUGUCUUGCAGGUGAGCUACGGCACCGAGGUACCUGAGGAUGACGACCCCUACAUCCAAAUGGUCAACGAUGCCAUGUAUGCCACUGGCAAUGGUGGGGUUCCUGCCAACAGCAUUGUUGAUCUAGUUCCGCUUGUUCGCUACCUUCCAGACUGGAUCGUCCGCGACUGGUCCUUACAAUUCGCGCGGAAUUGGCGCUGGGCUAUUCAAAAGCUUCACGACGUCCCGUUUACUGUCGCACAGGCCGAACAUUUGCGCAACGGUCAUCAUAGCGAGAAUAAAUCCCUCGCCCAUCAGCUUCUGCGGGAGUAUGAAGAUAAAGAGGCUCAUGAUCAGCAGAAGGACUGGUCUCUCGAUGAUAUUAAAGGUGCUGCUGGAGCGGUCCUGAUUGCAGGCGCAGAUACGCUCAUCUCCGAAAGCCUCAAGCCUCAAAGAACAAUGACUGCGAAUGGGGACUUAGAGGCCGGUCGUGAGCUCAAUGCACUCGAGCAAACCAUAGCACACAACGCAAACGACGGCACCCUCACACCUUGUGCUUCUGCGAAUCAAGUGGCAGCUAUUGCUCUAGGGUUGCAUAGACUGUUACGCAACAUAGGGGUCGAGGAGAACGGCGUUCAGCCAGUGCCUCCUGAGGAGAGAACUGAUACGCGGCAUAGUAAUAUAUUUACCGUGUUUUUCACAUGCCUGUUAUCUGUCCUGCCGUUGCCAACUGGUGCUCUCGGUACCACUCUGUACGGUUUGGGCUUGCGAGAUGUUUCAUUAAUCAUAAUCUUCUUCAACAUAAUGACUUGCAUACCCCCGGCUUUUAUCAGUAUCGGGGGUUACAAGACUGGAAUGCGGCAGAUGAUACAGGCUCGUUAUUCGUUUGGGUUAUAUCUCGUUGCUAUCCCGACACUACUCAAUGCAGGAACAGUCACUGGAUUCACACUUGUGGGAUCAAUCGUGAGCGGACAGGCUAUCGCUUCCGUGAAUGAAAAAGUCAACAUUAGUGUGAAUUUAGGCAUCGGUAUCGUGUGCACUCUCAGCUUCUUCAUGGCCUUUCUUGGGUAUAGAGCUGUGCAUUUGUGGCAAAGAUGGCAGUGGUUACCAAAUUUGAUUGCCAUCACUAUUGCAGUAGGGUGUGGCGGCAAGCAUCUGAUGAACCAGGCCGAGCAUGACCCGGCAACCGUCAAGAGUAUCAUUGGAUAUGGAAGCCUGAUGGCAGGGUAUUUUAUGACAUUUGGGGGUACUGUCUCCGACUUCACCGUAUAUCAUAGCAAUGAAGCCUCCAAAAUGAAGGUAUUCGCCUAUGUAUAUCUCGGCUUUUUAAUCCCUUCAACCCCCUUGCUCAUCCUUGGAGCUGCCAUUGGGGGCGCCCUUCCAAAUGUCGAGCCAUGGCAAAAGGCAUGGGACAAUUAUGGAAUCGGUGGCGUGAUGGCUGAAAUGCUGGAGCCUGCAGGUGGAUUCGGGAAAUUCGUUCUUGUCGUUCUGGCCCUGAGUGCUGUGGGAAACAUGGUGCUAUCCAAUUAUUCGGUUGCGCUGUGCUUGCAAAUGCUCGUUCCUACAUUCGCCAUAGUCCCGCGCUUCAUCUUCAUCCUUGUCACUUUGGCAAUCAUGGUUCCGAUGUCGAUUUACGCGGCGGCUCAAUGGGAAAAGUCUCUUGUGAACUUUUUAUCCAUCAUUGGUUACUGGGCGGGAUGCUUCGACGCCGUUUUAAUCGAGGAACUGGUAGUGUUUCGUGGAAUGGACUACAGCUCAUUCGACCCCAGGAUAUGGGACCGAGGAAGAAUCCUUCCCACUGGGAUGGCAGCCAUCGGGGCGGCUUUGGUCAGUCUUUCGGUUGUCAUCCCCUCAAUGAACACGCCAUGGUUUAUUGGACCCAUAGGAAGGAGAGUUGGUGACCUUGGAUUCGAGUCGGCUUUCAUUGUCACUGGGAUCGCGUACUAUCCGCUUCGAAGGCUGGAGAUUAAGUUGAUGGGUCACAUUUGA